GUUAAAAGGGUUGGCUGACUCCCAUUGGCCACCGUUCCUUUUCCAGUAUCUUCAGCCACCAAGACUAUCAGGAGCGAUGCCUUUUUCUCCUUUUUGCCUCACAAGAGAAACGUGAGUUGCUGUCACUAAGCUCAACCACCACGCUGCUUCUCUUUUCCCCUGUUUAAUCCUCUCUACAAGCGCUGCAGGAACCCUAGCCUCCUCCAUCUUCCCUCCUCACGCCGCCACUAAUUUCUCCCUCUCUCUCACCAAAGGAUGCAGCGAAAAGUUCAGUCAAAUUCAGUUUAGCACGACCGGAGCCAAUCCCCAACUACUCCACCGUUCCUUGCCGUCGUUCACAGCGCCGAGCAGCGGGAUGGACUCGCCAUGAUCUCCUCUUCGUCCUCGUCACCUUCAAGGAGCCGGAGCUGCUCUGAAUGGACAAGGCCAUCCUCGACCUCCACUCCGGCCGCCGGCGUCUUCAACCAUCUGCGAUCACUCAGUGCUCCUCUGUCGUCGUCGUCUGCACCCAGAGAGCAUGCCCAGUGGCAAGCUACACGAGAUCUGAUCAAGCAGACCUUGUUUUCAAAUCCCAGCAGAGUCAGUUCUCGCUUUGUUCAUGCCGGGGUUUUCCUCUGUAUCAGCAUUUGCUUCUUCCCGGAUAGGAUCACGAAGUGGUGUUGUGAGAUACGACGAGUUCUCCGACAAGUUCUUCUGCAGCUUUCCACAGGUACGAGAUGACGACGUUAGCAAGGUUACCCUUCCGGCUUGGCCUGGGCAGGGUUAUGGACGCCACUGGUUAUCUUCAGGACUCUUAGUCCAAUUUGUAUCUUGUCCGUACUCGGACGCAUUUGAUCUUCUGUAUGAUUUGGAUCUUUGUAUGUAUCUAUUUGUAUCUUGACUCGUUGGAGUCGUUGUUGUAAUAUAUGUAUCUUGUGGGCUCUAUUGUAAUCUUGUUGUAAUGUUA